UUUUUCUAAGAAUAUCACAGUCCAUUAUUUGUUGACAUUUCGCCGGACCGCGAAAUAAUUAAAAAAUAAAAUGGACUAAACAGCCGACUGUCAUAUCAUUUAUUUUGCAAUGUUCCGAAUCGCUGCAUUAAAUGACAGCAUUAGCAGUGAAGGAAGCCAGAAUGAUGUGGCACCUCGAGAAGCAACAAAAGAAGCUAAGGAAGCUGAGGCAUUCACACUGUAUGGUAAAGCAUUGGAUUUGCUGAGACGAGGAAAGACUGAUGAAGCAGAGGAAGUCUUUCAGGAUCUCAUAGAUCAUGAAUUCCUUAUUGAGGCAUAUGAUUUACUUGAAGAAAGAGGUAAAGAUGCAAUACAUCCAGGUUUACAGCUGUUGUAUUCAAUACAAAAGAAUCUGGCUGCCAUGGCAACAAAGAGGAAAGAUUAUAAAUUGGCCUUGGAUUGUUAUCUGGAGGCUGUAAAGAUAGACAACUCUGAAGUGACUGUCUGGUACAAGGUUGGAGUAACUGCCCUUGUUCUUGAGGAUUUUCAACUUGCAAUGCUGGCGUUUGAGCAGGGAUUGAACUGCAAUCCAAAACACUGGCCCUGUCUGGACAAUGUCAUCUCUAUACUGUAUGCUUUGAAUAACUACCUUGAAUGUCUGUAUUACAUAGCAAGAAGUUUUGAGUUAGAUACAACCUAUGGGAAGGGGUAUGCUUUAAGGAACAAAAUAUGGGCAGAACAGCAGUCCUUGAAAAAAGAUACUGAAGAAUUCUUCAAAGAUUGUGAUCCUGUUAUAAACACAUACCAGAUUGAUCCGGAGGAGGCCAAAGAGUAUGUAGAUGAGGCAUUGGCAAUGAGAAAGAGGAACCAGGUUGUUUGUAAACCACCUGAACCAGAGCGAUUAACCUUCCCACCUAGAAUCAAGCAGUAUAGUUGGAAGUGUAUAGGGGAGCUAUUGAUAGAGCUGUAUGAUAAAGCUACCACCUCAGAUCCUCCAGUGAGUCUAGGUUUGAAAGUGGAUGUACCAGAUUACAGCAAGUUGCCUGCCGAAGAUGAUAUUACAGAUGCUGAUGAUGUUAACAAAGACAAUGAUAAUGCUAUUGGUGAGAAUAAACCUGAUAAUAGCUUAAUGAGUGGUGAAAAUCGAAUGGAAUGUGAUAAUAUUGAAGACAUUGACAAGGCUAAUAUUGAUGUUGAUAAAGUACCAACUUCAGAAGACAUGGCAAAACAUGGUGAUGAUGAAAUGGAAGUGGAUAAAGUAGAUAUUUGUGAAGGUGAUGAGAAAACAGGGAAGACUUCUGAAAAGGUUGAUCAAAAAGAUGACAGAGAAGUUGAAACAAAUAUCAAUCAGAAUUGUUCUGGUGCUAGGGAUGAAUUAAAGAAUGGAGAUGGGAAUAUGAAAGUUGAAGCCGAGGAAGUUGACAAUUCUAUGAAAGUGACUGAAGAUGAGGCUAAGGAAAAAGAUGAAAUAGAUACUGGUUUAACUCAAUGUAAUGACAAUCUUAAGUCAAGUGCUGUAAAAAGUGACAAAUGUGAACAAGAAUCAAAAGUCAAUGAACAAAAUGUUUUAAAUGGUGGAACAAAAUCUGUUGAAAUUAUUGAAAACAAUAAAACUGACACAGAAUCAAAAGUGAAAUCUCCUAUUACUGACGAAAAAGAUGCUAAAGAAGAAUGUAUGGAAAUUGAAAACAUAUCAGAAGACAGCUCUUCCAUACAGGAGGCUCUUAUCACUGCACAUGCCUUGUUAAAUAGCCUGAGUCCAAUGAAAUCAGAAGCUUUUCCUGGCUGUCCUGCAGGUCCCAGUCCUAAAUUCAAAAUUGAACCGGAAACAAGUACUGAUGUUCCAGAGAAGAAACUGGAGAUUGGUAAUGAAGGUGGGUACCUGGAGAAACAAUCUAAUGAUUUAGUUAGUGACAGUUUGGCGAAAGUGAAUACUGAAGAGGAUGACAGGGGCAAAAGCACUGAUUUACAAAAGUCUACAGGUUUAAUUACAAAAUCAACAAGUUAUGGCUUCACAGUGUCAGAUAUGCUGUCUGAAGAAGUGGAACCUGUUGUGAUGUCAAAAGACAAGUCUGAAAUUCCUGAUGCUGAAAAAAGUAAAGAUGUUAAACCAGAUGUAGUGGCUGAAUCAGAUAGGUUUAAUGUAAUGAAUGCUGAGAGGAAACUUAUUUCCUGUGACUCUCCUAUAGUUAUUGAUUCAUCAUCAGCUAGUCAAAGUCCUCAUUCUAGACCACAAACUGUUCCAAUAUUGGCAGAAUCACCUACAACCAGUCAGGUGUUGACUGGUUCUAGUGUAACUGCAUCAACAGAAACAUUAGGUGGUUCAGUAAAUGUAACACAGUCUGAAAUAAGAGCACCUGUUGUAAAUGUGUCUUCACCUUCCUCUAAAUGUUCAGUUUCUGUAUCAGAUCAUGGUUACUCCAGGGCGUUCAGUGAAAUGCCAUUUAGUGAAUCUACGCCAAAGAAAACUUCUGUUUCAAUGUCAUCAGCAGGGCGUUCUCCAAGUAGUUAUAUUGUUAUGCAGGAUUCUCAGUCAUCAGCCAGUUACAUAGAAGUUCCAUUGGAUAUUGAUGAUAGAAGUCCUUCAAGUAGGAAAGCCCAAAAAAGAAAAAGGCCAUCCCUAGCUACUGAAGACGUACUAAAUUAUGGGAAGAGACGUUCAGCCAGGGUAAGGAACACUGGUGGCAGAAAGAAAGAAGAGGAAACCGUGAAUUUCUAUGAUCUUCUGCAGACAUUUUUACCUUCCAGUCUAAAAAAUGUUUCAGAAGAUGAGAGUAUUUCCAUGGAAACAGACUCACAGGACAAAUCUCAGGAUAUAGUCUCGGAAUCAGACAAGUCAGGCAGUAAGACAUCCAAUGUUACCAUGGCAACAGAAGAAUGGAAUGAAAUGGAGAUGGUCAAGACUUUCUUAGAUAAUUGUAUCAAAAACACAGGAUUUCUUGACAUGUGUUGUAGCUUCCUUCACAUUCUAGCUAGACACUGCAAGGUUCAAUGGCCUGAAGGCUUGAGUGAGGUAUAUAUAAAGAUGUACAAUAGGGUACGGAAACAUAUGUACAUUCCUAACGUGUUUGAGAUGAAAGACUCACCAAAAUUAUACCAGAGACUUGCACAGGUCAUUCUUGUACAACUUGAGUUACUAUUAGAUAGGUGGUUAAUUGACAGAUCAAAAGCUAGUGGGUCUGCCCUCAUGUCACCGAGAAGUGCAGGUCACCAUGAUUUAUCACAGGAUGAUGUACCUGACUAUUUUAAUGAGGACAUCUGGUAUUUAACAGUACUGUGUGGCUAUAGUGAAACACUAGAAGGUAUUUGGAUAGAUCACUGUAUAAGAGUAUAUUGGUUGAAAUCCAGAUACUCUGUUUUGAGAAACAACAUGGAGGAUGCAGUACUCUACCUUGAUAUGAACAAAGAGUAUCUUGAGUAUGGGAAGGAAGAAUUCAACGUAGAAAAUUCCCAUCUUCCAAACUGCAAGAUAGACAACUUUGUGGAUCUAGAUAUAGUGGUAUCACAGCAGGAUAUGUUACAACAGACAAGAUCUGUUGAGGAAACAGAGAAGUUGUACGAGAAAAAAGACUACAAGAAGGUUGUUGAAAUACUGGUGCAGAACUUCAGUGCCGAAAAACAAAAGAUAAUGAAGAUAACAGAAGAUAAGACAGAGAGACAGGCACAGUUAAUUAUGUUACAGGAGGCUCUGUUUGAAACACACGAUUAUAAUAAUUGUUUAUUAUGGGGAGAGGAAGGGUUUAAUGAGUGUUAUAAGAUGUCAAGACAAGGAAGUAAGUCGGAGGAAACUAGCAGCUGGAACAAAACUAUGAUCACAAUAUUCUCAUAUCUGCAAAGGAUAUUUGAGAAGAAUGUUUCUAUAUCUGAUGCAUUAACAUCUUCAAAUAUAAUCAGGUUUUCUCAGAACUUGAUACGGUUGAUAGAUCUAAACAUGUCACUACCGGAAAGUAUGACCACGAUGGCUGUGGAUACAGUUAUACCCUGGAUAUUACUGUAUUAUAUAAUCAAACAAGAAGAGGAUAAGUUAGAAGAAGCAAGAUUGAAGGGAGAUAGUGUGGAAGAAAAAACUGAAGAAAAUAUGUCAUCAUCAUAUAUGUUACUAAAUAUAGCUCAUGAUUAUCUGGGAAGGUUCCAACCUCGCAAGAUUCUUGUUUGUGAGAAAGAUAUCCAGUUAGCUUACAUAUUGUCUGUGGUUCCACUCAGUCGUUCAUGGUGUAACCAAAAAAAGCUAUGUGCAAGGAACCAGUGUCAAAAAUUCCAAGAGGAGUACCAGCAAGCAUUUGAACAAUGUGUGUAUUGUCUGUUUGGUCAUCCUAACAAAAAGGGAAAGGCUAAACAUUUACAGGACCACAAUGCCAGCAAUAUAAGUUUACAAUGGGACCAUGCUGUGGAUGUGUUUGAGUAUUUCAAGCCAAAAACACUUCCAGAGUUUGAUGGAUAUAGAUCAGAAACAAUCAGUGCAGAGGUAGAGUUUUUAUUGAAGAGGAUUACUGUGUUAAUUCCUGAAAGCUGUAAAACUAUGGGUAUACCUGUUGAUGAUAUACAGAGUUAUAUAGAGGGAACAAACAGUAUAACACCAGCAAUACAAGAUGGUAGACAAGUUACACUACCUGUAGUUGAUGCUAUAUAUUACUUGUUGGCAGAUUAUUACCUCAAGAACAAAGAAGCUGUGUAAGUUUUAUAUUUU